AUGGCGAAAAUCCGUAAAGACAAAAUUUGGCGUUGGCGAUGCCAAUGGAGUAUAGUGACGAUCGCAGCCAUAGCUCUGAUCAUCUACAAUGCCGCUGCAAAUGUAUGGUUGUUACGUCCUCCAUCGUGCCCCGUACACACCACACCAUCGCCCACGGAACCAUCGACGUGCGAGCCCUGCAUCGACACUGCACCUAACACAGCGCUCGAUGAUGACCCAGUAGGCCGCAUAGACCUUCGCCUCGGACGCUGGGAUGGUAGCCGCUCAUAUAAAAUGUUCGACUACGCCGCCGUAGGAGAUAUGUACGCCGAGUUGUCAUCUAACCGUCAUGUCACUUUAGCUACACAAAGCUCAAUAGAGAGACUACACGAACUUCUACGAAUAGCCGCUCACUGGUCGGGACCUAUAUCUGUAGCAGUAUUCGUUGCGGGUGAUGAAUUGAGGCUAUUGAGAGCAUUUGCCACUUGGUUGUUUAGAUGUCAGCCAGAGGUGUAUUCCAGGCUAGCAAUACAUGUCGCAAUGCCGGCUGAAAGACCAGGCGUCUACGGAUUCGUUCCAUCAUGGAACAAAGAUUGCAGUUCCAGGCCGUUGCCUGGGGAAAGACGAGCGGAUACAGUCGCUUGGAGGGCGAGACAUCCGUACCCUCAGAAUCACUUGCGGAAUCUCGCCAGAAGGAACUGUCACACUCCGUAUGUUUUCUUAGUGGACGUCGACAUCGUACCCUCUAAAGGCAUGUCCGAAGCGUUGGACAAUUUUUUAGCGACAGUACCCCGGUGCUCCCUGUGUGCUUAUGUGGUGCCGACAUAUGAGCUAGACAAGAGGGUCGCAAAUUUCCCGGCAAAUAAAUCUGAAUUACUCAGGCUGUCAAAGAAUAAACUAGCAAUACCUUUUCAUAGAAAAGUAUUUAUUUACAACCAGUACGCGUCCAAUUUCUCCAGGUGGGAAGCGAGCGGCGGCAACGAGAGCACGGAGACUCAUAUCAGCCACAACGUGACUAAUUUCGAGCUUCUAUACGAACCUUUCUAUGUGGCACCAGACACCGUGCCGCCACACGACGAACGAUUCCUGGGCUACGGAUUCACUAGGAAUACUCAGGUAACAUCACUAUUAUUGUGGGACAAAUGUAAAAAAAAGAAGAAAAUUUUAGUAAUGAAUAAUGUUUGUGAGUUCACAAACAUUAUUAAUAAAAAACACACACAAAAACUUAAUAAAAAACACAUUUUUACUCUUCACAUUACGAAUGUGCUUGAAAACAAAAAAUGUGAGGAGAUGAAAAAAAUAGAAAUAUGUGUUUUUCUUUAAUUAAUACAUUGAAAUGUAGAAAAUUAUUUAUUUUCAAUUCUCGGGUUAGAAAUUAUAAUAAAUUGCAUCUAGAAUUUUAGGCCCAAUUUCUAAAGUAAAAAACUAAACUUAAAAACAUAUUGAAAAUCAACAAAUUUUAAAGGGAAAAAACACAUUUAGAUACAACAGUUUACUCUUAUCUCUUAUACAUAUAAAAUAGCGAGUAUUCUAAACUAGUCGAAAAAAGAUUUUAAGGAAGCUCGGUAGCAGGUGU